AUGAAUAUAUCUUCAUCUUAAACGGUUGCUUAAAAAGGGGCUAUUAAAAUGGGCCCUAAAGAAUAUAACGAAAUAAAAUAAAAAAUAGGAAAACUGCUUGCUAUACCAGACUAGGAAUAGAACGAAAGUAAUACAGAAUCACAAUAAAAUAGGGAUUAUUAAAUAGCAAAAUAAAUAGAAGAUAUAAAUAAUUAUGAUAAUAUUAGAUCUAUAACUCCAAGUAGCAAUACAUUAUCUAUAGAUAGUAUUCAUUCAAAGACUAAACUUUAAUUUAAUGGUUAAAUUAUUUUUUCUCCUUAGAGCGAUAUGAAAGUGGUUUAAUCAGUUUAAAAUUUAAGCAAAAAUGGCUCACCUAAAUCAUUUUACAUAAACAAUAUGUAAAAACCUAAAACUGAAUAAACAAAUAGAAGGAGAAAUUAUUCUUAGGCAGUAACUCCAAUAAUCAAAGAAGAAGAAGAAACUUAGACAUAAAUCAAGCAGAUUCCUUAAACAUCUGAAAACAAAAAAGAUAAAAUCGUUGAAGGUAGUUUACUUACAAGGAAAAAUGAAGUUUAAUACAUCAAUCACUUGAGAAAAGCUUAAACCAAAUUGAGUUUUCAUGAUCAUAUGAAUUAUUUAGAAUUAGAUUCUCAUAUCCAUGAAUUAUGCGAUUAAUAAAGUCUUUUUACAAACAGAAAUGUUAUAUAUAACUUGAAUGAUAAAGAUGGCAAUAUUAUUGUUCCUAAAAAAUACGAUGAUUUCCAUGUGACUGAAGGCAUUGUGCCUUACGCAUUUGACUAAAUAAUAGAAAAGUAAAAAGACUAACUUUCUUAAUAGAUUUCUGAGAAGGCUUAUCAAAAUUAAUAAAAAUAAGGCCAACAACUUUCAAUUAACGAAUAAAAAACUCAAAAACCAAUACUUAAAGCUAAAAGUUUUUCAACAAUUUCAUAUUUAGCUAAAACAAACUAAAUUUCAGUUUAAAAUAAUAAUCCUUAAAAUACUUUACCACAAUCUUCUUAAAGAUCAUCAGUUUAUAGUUUUUAAUCAAGUCCAAAAGAUAUGUUAGCAACAACAUUUACCUAAACUAUGACUGGAGGACCUCCAAAUACUUAAAUAUAGAAUAAUGUAAAUCUAUUAACUUCUGCUCAUAGCAAAUCAACUUAUAGGCCCCAUACUUAGCAAGGAUUUAAUAAGACCGGAUUAAAAUUUCAUGAAAUUUCUUAGCAUCAGGUACCAUCAAAAAGCUAGUCAACUAAAAAUUUCAUGCUAUAAUUGCUUUAAGGAAAUAAUUCAAAAAAUAGUAUAGAUUUAAACUUGAAAACUAAAUAAAAUUCAUAAGAUAUAAUUAAUAAGAUUGAUUUAUCAGCAUAAAAACCUAAGCCAGUUUUUGCAGAACAAAAAAAUAAGUUAUAGAAAAGAUAAGAAGUUCUUAAUGUAAAGAAAUGGAUGGAGGACAAAUUAGAUGAGCUUGUAAAAACAGAUAAUUUAAGUAUAAAUUAAGUUUUUACUUACUAUUAAAAUGUAUUCUAAGCAUCUAUUAGUGAGAUAUUGAGAUAGAUUGCUUCUGAGUGCAAAGAAAGAAGUCAGCUACUGCAAGAAAUUUGGGAUAGCUAAAUAUCAAUGAGCGAAAAAAUAUUUAUAAGCCUAAGUAAAGAGAAUAACAAAAUUGAAAAAAAAUCAUUAGAGUAAAUAAAUUAAUUGCAUAAGAACUAUCAAAAUGAAUUAUAGAAACAAUUCCAAAUGAUUGAUGAUCGAAAUUAGUUAAUUGCUGAUUUAAAAAAGCAGCUUUAACAGUCUGUUACGGAAGGCAGAAUAAAUAGAAAAAAAGGUUAAAAAGUUGAGAAAAAUUAUAAAAUAAUAAAUAACCAAAUAAAUUAAUUGCAAGAAGAGUACAAUCUACUUUUCUAAGAAAAUUUGGCUUUGCUGAUGAAUCAAAAUAAAAUAGAUUGGUAAACAGCCUUAAAAGAAAAGAAAAAAAUGUUGGAAGAAAUAAACCUAAAUAGAAAAAUGAGAAAUGAUUUAAUUAAGGUUGGGGAGAGCUUUAAAAAAGAGAAACUUACAUUAGAAGAAUAAAUGAAGAAACACGAAAUAGAUGAGAUUGUUAGAUAAUUUGUUAUAGAUAGAGAGUCUAACAUGCCUGUAACUAGUAAAAAGAUAGAAGAAGAGGAGGAGGAGGAAUAAGAACAUAUGGAUGAAUAAGAUAACGAAUUAGAUGAAAAUAAGUAACUAGUUUUAAAAGAGUUCUGGAAGAAUCAAUCUACUGAUACAAAUGAUUUAAGAGAAGUGAAAAAUGCUGAAACUAACACACAAGUUUUUUAAUUUUCUGAUGGAUAAACUCAAACGAAAAGAACAAAAUUAAAAGAAAAUGGAACUUAGGUUUACAUUUCAGUUGAGUCAGCUGACUAAAAUAUUCAAACUGAAACUGAAUGCUAUAACGUAUUCUGCUAAACUGUGCAAGUUGAUGUUAUGGAUAUAAUGGUUUAAUGUGAUUUAAUUUAAGAAAUAUAAUAAAAUGAUUCAGAAAGAAGGAUAAAAUAAGAGCUAAAAAAAGAACGUUCCAAUUUCAAAAAUAAAAAAGGGAGUUAGGUAAAGAAAAGAUAGUAAAUGCAAGCUUCUCAAAAUUCAUAGUAGUCUAUUGAAUAAUAAUCUUAAGAUAGUAAUGAUCUGAGUAUAAUUUAUACAGAUUCUGCUAAUGAUACAGAAGCUUUUAAAAGUGAUGAAAUCUUACAAACCAAAAGGAAAAACCAAAAAAGUAAUUUUCAGGCAGAGAAUAAUAGUAGAUAUUUACAAUAGAUUUAAAAUUAAUAAGAAUCAAGUGAAGAUGACUCUAAAUCUUAACGUUCUUAAUCUUUAAAUAGUUCAAGAUUGAGUAAAAGCAAUAAAAAUUCAUCAAAUAUAAGCUCAAAAUAUAAAGAAAAAGAUAAACCUUCUUCAAAUUACUUUAUUACAGGGCUAGAUGAUAUAGAAAACAAAGAUCUAAGUGUUGAGAUUGAUAAAAGAACUAAAAGUAUUUUUUCACCUAAUCAAAGAUAAACAAAUCUUGUAAAAUAAUUAAAAUAAAAAAGUAAAAGUAAGCCAAAAAGCAAAGAUUCUUCACGAUAAAUGCUAACAAAAGAAUAAGAAAGAAAAGAAACAAGUUUAAAUUCUUCAAUUAUAAGUAAUUUAGAUGAAAAUAAGGUCAAAGAAGUUAAGGACCUAUUUAAUGAUAAAGAAAAUAUCUCUAAAUCUGACAAUAUUUUAAAAAUUUAAGAAUUAGUGGAUUAAACUGUAAAUAAAAGCUAAUAAUUGUCUGAUAAACUAUAAAAAGAAGUUUAAAAAUAUCAAUAGAUAAUUAAGGAAAAAGAAGAAGAAAUCAAGUAAUCUAAAAAAUACUAGAUAUAGCUUAUAGCCAAAUUGGAGAAGCAACAAAAGGAUUCUAAAACUGCAGAUAAAAAGGAUAAAAAAUAAGCUAAUUCCCAAUUUAAUAAAAAGAUAAGCAUUCAUAUUGAAAAUGAGGACUUAGAUACUUCAUAAAUCUCAGAAAGAUAGGGAGGUGAUGGUUCUUCAGGUAGAAAUAGUUUGUUUAAAGAAAAAUAUCAAAGUAAAAAAUAGGCUAAAUAAUAGAAAAAUAAUUUUAAUUAAACUAAAAAUUUUACUAGCUAUCUAUCAAGCGCUUCUGAAUAGGAAAAAAAAAUAGAGAAUAUGGUAAGAAAUGCAAGUAGUUAAGGAAAUCAUAUCUCAUCUGACUCCUAAAAAGGUAGUAUAAAGCAUCCUUUUAACAGAAAAUAAAGCAAAUAAACAAGUAUUUUCAGUAAUUCUGCACAAAAGAAGGAAUUGAGCAAUUCUCAAGCAGGUAGCUAAAAUACUAUCUCGAAUUCAAUCAUUUAAUAAGAAAAUAAUGUGCAAAGUGCUGAAGAAAUAUUUGAGACUUUCUCAGGAGACAGAGCAAUUCACACUGAAUAACUAAUAUAAGAUACAGUAGAAGAGCAAAGCUAAAUGAUUCAAAGAAAUUUCAAAGUUUCAAAGCUAAAUCUUAACUUCACUAAAAAAGAAAGUAGAAGAGCAUCCAUUAAUUCUGACAUUUCUACUCCAAAAUCAAAUUAAGCUUACACAGGUCAUUAUUCAUUAUUUAGUGGACAUCAGUCACAAUAAAAAUCUCCUUAUUCUUCAUUGACCUCUUAGUAAAAAAAAAUGAGUAUUUAGGAUGUAAAUUCCCCUUAAUCUGGUAAGCCUAAAAAAUUAAGUCUAUUAAAUGGUAGUUUAAUUUAUCCUUAAUAAGGAUAAUUAGAUAGCCCAAGAUCAUCUAUUUUUUCAAACUCACCUUCAUAAAACAGCAGAUCUUAAAACAAGCAGUAUUCAAUCAACAUUGAAGCAGCUUUAUAGCAAAAAAAUAGGAUAUCGAGUUUAAUUAAUGAUAUAAAAGCACCUAAAAAUGCUCUUAAAUACAUGCCUUAAAUCCUCAAAAUGAUUAACAGUAUUGUACAAGAUAAUUUCAAGUGCCUUAAAAAUCACUAAUAAAUCUUAAAUCCUCUCUAUGUUUAAAUGUAUGAAUAUUUUUUAUACCUCUUCGGUUUGAGAAAGGUAGCAGAACUGAAAAUGAUUUCAGUUAUAGAGUAGUGCAUGCUAAUGUAAAAUGAAUACCCAUAAAUAAAUCUUUUUAUGAACCUUUAUUUUAAUGACUUUAGCUGUGUAGAUCUUCAUUUCUUUUGCAAAACUUACAUGCAUUUAUGCGAAAACAUUUAAUAAGUCAGAGUAGAAAAAAGUACAACUAAUAAAUAUAAAAUACUAACAACAAUUCCUCAAGUGCUAAAAAAGGAAUAAUAUUAAAGAGAAGUUCUUGAUCAAAUAAAAAAUUUUGAAUAAAAAAUGAAUUUAUAGAAAAAUAAUGAAAACGAUCAAGAUAAUCAUAAAAAGCUAGAUAAUAUAGAUCUUUUACAAAUAAACAACUUAUCUACAGAAAUGAUAAAUGAGCUUAAUUAACAGAAGUAUGAUGUAUUUGAAAUCAUUCAAUUCUUUAUGAAUACUUUUAAAUAAAAAAAACUAUAAUUAUAAGAAGAAUAUAUGGCAUUAUUUUAUGCAAUAUCGUCUAAUAUGGAAAAAGCCUUCAUAGAUGAAGAAGGUGUUUAAUUAUUAUCAUUUGUUGCCAACUUAGAUGAAUAGAAACAAUAGGUACUAAACACCAAGUUUAAGAGUAAAUCAAUAAUGAAUGAAAUGGGUUUUGAGCAAUUUAUACUAUUGGCCAAUGAAUAAAACUAAUUUAAAACAUAGUAAAUAUUAGAUAUUUACCCUGACCAAGUUAAACCACUAUAAGAAAUAAAAGAAUUUUGGGUCGCAAACAAACAAAAAUAUGAAGAAAAAGUUUAAAUAACUGAAUAUUAUAAUAUAUUUACCAAAAACAUAAUGGAAAAGCUUGAUAUAUUAACAUAACUGAUGGAUUAAGAAUAAGCAGAUAUAAAUGAUAAUAGUUAUUUAAAAAGACAUGAGUAAUCCUUCCAAAUUUGCUUUAUAAUAAUAAAUAAAAUAUAUCAAAUAUGA